AGCUGGAGCUGGGAGAUCAUAACACCCACUUACUCCAAAUUCCAUCCAGGUGUGGGGCAGAGGAGCCAGUCCUGAGCUGCUAGCCAUGCAUUAACCCCCAAACCCGCAAUGCCCAGCACCAUGGAAACCCACCCCAAGAACCUGGAUGGGAGUGAAAAGUCCCCUGAAUCCAAGGAUUUGAUCACUAGCAACACAGCCAGCACGCUGUGCAUCAGCUCCAGGAGUGAGUCCGUCUGGGCCAAUGCACCCAGGAACAAGUGGGAGAUCUACCACAAGCCCAUCGUGGUGGUUUCUGUUGGAGGCGCCAUCUUCCUCUUUGGGGUGGUGGUCACCAGCCUGUCCUGCUUCAUAACGAUCAAUAAGAAUGUUUACAAAAUGUGUGGCCCGGCAUUCCUGUCCCUGGGGCUGAUGCUCCUGGUUUGCGGCUUCGUCUGGAUCCCCGUCAUCCGGAAGAAGCAGCGGCAGAGACAGAAAUCACGCUUUUUUCAGAACAUCAAGUCGUUCUUCUUUAACCGCUGAGGGCUGCUCAGGCUCAGCACUCGCGGGUGGCAAGCAAUGCCUCUUUCAGCCUGGCUGGAUUUGCCAUGAGAUUAUUAGGGCCUGAUCCUGCUCUUAGACAUGCCUAGUGGAUCCCCAACUUUGACCUUCUCCUCUCCCCAUAGGUGACAUUCAUCCCCAUGCAGGUCCUCUGUGGGCAAGUAAAUUUCACACUGUGUGCUAGGAGAGCAGAAUACUGGUGUGGAGACAAGCAGGUUGGGCCCAAGCCCUAGAUUUUGCUCUUGACUGUACAUUGAGCAAACCUGCAAACAUUGACCAUGUCCUAUAGAGGACAAAGCUUUGAACUGUAUUCAUCAACACCCAGCACCUGUACUGCUGAACACCUGUCUGGGAUGGUCUCAGGGGCUGGACUUGAUGACCUCUCAAGAUCCCUUCCAGCUCUACAUUUCGAUGAUUCUAUGAAUGGGAUUUCACUAGAAAAUGUAACCCUUUACUCAGGUGACUGACUCUUACUGACACAAGUAGUGGCAUUCAAAUCCAUGGGACUGCUCUCGUGAGUAAGAGUCACAGGACAGGUCUGACAGGGUAUUGCCGGAAAGGAUUUCAGCUGUUCAGGACGUGCUGUGUUAAUAGGGGAAACAGGGCUACGCUAGGAAGGGAUUGGAUUGUUCUCCAUCAGCCAUAUGGCUACAACCCCUCUCUGGCUAAGAUGACCAAGUACAACACUUCAAAUAUAGACGAUCCAUAGUGCCAGGAUAUGUCAAUGGGAUCUGGAGGAGACCGUGCAUUCAGAAUGCUCUGCAAGGGCAAACAGAAUAAUUUCUUUCUAGCCAACCCUGCAUUGGACCUCAGAGGAUAUAUCCAGAAUGAUAAACAUGCAUGAUCCACAGCUGAGAAUGAAAGGACUUAGAUGGGGAUGUGUAUGAAGUUCAUCUCGUAAUUGUCACUAUGAAACGAGCAUCUGUGUGCGAUGCUACUCCAAAGGGCAUUCCAAUAUGUUGCUUACUCAAGACUUUCUGAUGAAGUGUGGGGUGAUAUUUAUUUCUACCUAAACAGCCAAGCUGAAGAGCAACUGAGCACAGACGUAACAUUUCUCUGUUCAAUUUUACAGACUGUCUAAGAAAUUCCGUUCCUCAAGGUCUCUGGCUGCAAGGCUAUACUGCACCAAUUACAUAUUUAUCUCGGUUUGGAGUGAUUGUCUCUGUCGUGAUGGAUUCCAGCACAGCACAAACCUCAAACAUUCCACCUGGGCGGAACAAGAGCAAAUGUAAAGGAGAUGCCUUGUUUAACUCAAGGCCAUUGAACUCCUCUUGUUAAGAAUUAUGUACCCUGUGAAAUUUACCUACAAAAGCGGGAAUCAUUACCAAAUAUUUUUGGUUAAUAUUGUAGUUGCCUUUUUCCAGUGGGGCCCAGUUAGUUUUAAAAAACUUGUAAAUACAACAUUCCAACUGCAAAUCCAACUGUGCAACUGGUCUUUGGCUUGGAUACUAGGGACAAGAUUUUUACAAAUAGUCGCCUAGUUCGUAGUUAGGCGCCUACAUAAAUCGCCUGAUUUUCAAAGCAGCUGAGCUGUUGUUGACUCCACUGAAGUCAAUGGGAGCUGAGAAGACUCAGCGACCACAAUUGGACUGUGUCUCUGGUUAGCCCCAUAAGCAUAGCACUGAGUAAACCAAUACCUGCAUGCAGACCACUCUUUUUCCCGUGUCAGGACACGGCCACGCACCGACGCGUCUAGCUUUGGUGAGGUGGUAUUGUAACGGCCCCAGAUGGUUUCUGAUGUAGAACAACACUCAUCUGAGACCAAAUGGCUGCAACUCAUGGAAAAGGCACAGUCUGGCUCUUCUUUGCAACCAGAAUCCUCCUCUGAGCCAAAUGCAGCCAUUCAGCCUGGAUAGCAAGUUGAAUUCCUUAGGAGAAAGAGGAAUGAAAGUCUGCGUGGCGCUGGCUGUGUUUUGCAGAACCUCUCUAGUCUUCACAAAGCUUAACGAUUUUGUUUCAAACGUCAGAGGUGAUCAGACUGCCACCGCUUCUGGUGAUCUGAACAAUCCUUUUGGACCUUAAAAUCUGUGGGGAAGACCCUUAGCUGCUGCAUGUUGUCAUAAUGCCACUGAGGGUCCAGUGACUAGGGCGCUAGCCUAGGGCUUUGCAGACUGAGAUCCAAUUCUCUUCUCUGCUACAAACUUCCUUGUGCAAUCUUGGGCAAGACUCUCAGUGCCUCAGUUCCCCUCCUGCCCUACCUCACAAGGGGGUUGGGAAGAUAAAUACACGGAAGAUUGUGACAUGCUUUUGAGAUCUUCUGGUGAAAAGUGCCAUAUAAGAGCCAGGUACCAUUACAAGGCAAUGGAGCAAUGAGAACUGACACCAGUCCCUGGGGACAGCCUGCGUUUCCCUUGCCCAGCCACAGAGCAGGACUGCUGCUUGAGAAGCUGAGACGCUUGUUCCCUGCUGAUGAAAUGAAGGGAUCUUAAGCUGGAGAAGAAACUGGAGCAUCUAUUAGAAGAUCACAUUGGGUUCAGUGCAGCCCUGUCACAAUGCAUGGCAUUCUGCACUCACAGCGGCAGCUUCCCAUUGAGUCUGGGGCAGGGUGCUGAGAUCAGACCAUGCUGAGUGUUUCUUGCACUAACCACAUUUGUAUCUCUAUUUUCUUUCCUCGGAAUGACAGUUUUCUAACAUGUCCAUCGGGCUUGUUAUUAAACUGAGCUAAGAGGAAAGUCUCUUUCAGAGCCCUCUACCUACCACAAUGCUGAUAGAGCUAAGCCAACCAGGCCUGCUUCCAAAGCAAUUCAACCAAAAAAUAAAUCCAGCUGCCACAACACAAAAGUUCCUUCCAUGGACACCAGCACCCGGUGCGUGGGUCUAGCCCUUAGCUGCAAAGGGAAGGAUCCAGCUGCAUUAAUGUUAAUGCACUGAAAUUCACCCUCUUGCAGCAAGUGCAGUGCUGGGCCUGGGCAGGGGCUCUGGGGCCUUAGGGUUAAUAGAUCCUGGAGAAUGCUGCUCUGGUUUGAGCCCUGGGGUUUCAUAUUAAUAGCAAAUGUGGGUGGCAGGUGGGGACAGGGAGCCCAAGAUUCAAGAUAAGAAAGUAUACAGGCCUGGCUCUGGGGGGCGGCCCUGGUGAAUUUGUUCAGUAUUCCAUGAGCAGAUCCCGAAGGAAUCCGAGCCAUUUCUUGGCUGGCAUGGAAAUGAUUAACUCCCACCCAAAUGCCCUGCCCCUCCCCCCUUAAAUUUCAGCUCUACUCCAAAGGAGAGCCUCUGGCGGGUUAACAUCCCUUGUACUCCAAGGUGUCUGGGACUCUCCAGAUUCUCAGAUCCACUGACGUUCAUAGGUGCAGCUCCACUGACUCUGGCUCUGUGAGGGAGUCUCCUUGUCUGAGACUCCUCCUGGGAGUCCCCUCAGUUUUGCCUGAAACAAAUGCAGCUCAGCCAGCCGUCUCUUGAAGGUUCAGAUGAGGUGAGGUACCCAAGAGGGUUGAGAUGCUCCCCGGGCUCGGAGCACUAUCUGCUAAAGGACGGUAGUGCCGUGCGCACAAGACACCAAACCCCAACCUUGCCGUGGGCAGAGCACUCGGCCAGAAGCUGAUUUACUGGUAUCUGACUGUAUUCUGAAGUGGUUGGAUUGUCCAUAGGGGAGUCCCCAUCUGGGAUGUGACAAGCUGAGGGUGGCUUCCUCUUAAAUCUCUCCCAUGCCCUGAUUUUACUCCUGUGCCUGCUAAUGCUUUGUUGGGGGGGUGGAUGUCGCUCUGGCCGGAUGGUGCCUGAUUUCCGAAUGCAAUGAAUA